CAACCCAAAAAUAUCCGGUUUCCCUCUAACAGCAAUAUAAACAUACAUGCUGACAGACAAAGGGUGUGGUUCCGGGUAUUGGUUUAAAAAAAAAAUGGGCGAAAGUCUGCUUCUGGGACGUGGGCGAGGCUCAAGCAGCGGCUGAUAAAUGCCGGGUCUCUCACAUUGAAGAUGGAACUCCCGGAGGCAUGACAUAGUCUGAAGUAUGGAGAGAAAUCACUGCUACUGCUGCUGCCGCUGCUGGGAUGAAGAGGGAGCAGAAAGAGAAGUUUGUCGCUCAAGCGAGCUAAAUAUGUUACGGAGGAAGGAGACGCGUGUACGGCAGUUUUUAACGCUGCUGAUGUUUUCAUUGACUGCCUGUCUACUGCUGCUCCUGCUGCUGUUCCUGUGUCGUCAUCAGGCUUCUCAUCCUUAUCCUCAACAGCUUGCCAGUUCUCGUGACAGCGAAUUUUCAGGCACCGCUUACAAACUGCAGCAGACGGAUUCCACUAAGCCCAGUGCUAUGAUAACAGCUCCAUUUGACAACAUCACUGAUGGUAAAUACCUUCAAUGGGAGCACAGCUUGGGGAACGCCAAAUGUCUUGGAGGCUUCAGAUACUCCAGUGGGAACUUGGUGGUUCCCAGGAGUGGCAUCUACAGAGUCUUCCUGCAGAUCACCUACGAGAGCAAGUCCAGGUGUAACAAGGAGCUGAAACUCACCCAAAUAGUGUUUUCAUUCUACAACAGCUACAAUGAGAACAUGCGUCUGUUGUCGUCAGUGGACACAGUCAACUGCAGCUUGGAUCACUGGAGGAAAUCCCUCUACACAGCAGGUAUUUUUUACCUGGAAGGCAACACUCUACUUCGUGUGAUGUCAUCUAACCCUGAGCUAAUCGCACGCAAAGAAGAUUUAGUUUUCUUCGGAGCAGAAUUUCUCAGUGAGUAGUCUCAAAAUGGUCUCCAGCAGUGUUUGUAAAAAGUGCACAGUUUAGAGGGCCCGGGGGGUUAUAUUAUUAUAGGUAGAAUACCAGUUGAUAUUUAGGUGCAAACAGUCUUAAUUGAUCGGUAUAAUACAAUCAAUUUAAUAAAAUCAGUCCAAUUCAAAUAUUUCAGAUUGGUUAAAAUUGUCAAACAUAUUGGAGUGUUUCAGACUUGAUGUCUUCAAUGAAUACAGCAGCAACACAGACAGAUGCAGUUUAUAAAAAUAUUCACAUUUCUUAUAACAAAACUAUUAAGUGUAUAAUAUAAUUGGAUACAGGAAUUGACAACAAGGCACAAAUGUGAUAAAGAUAAAGAGAGAAAGAUAUUGCAUCUACACUACCAAGCAGGUGACUCCUCGGGGCGCGUUCACAUGAGUGGCUGCACAGUGUAACAAGAAAAAAGUACGAGGCAGAGAGGUGGGGCAGAAUAGUUUUGGCUCUGCAGGUGUGUUUGCAUGCAGGAAAUGAUGUGUUCCCAAUACUUCAUAACCAGGGAUGUGCAAUAAUAUGGGCCAAACGAUAUUAUUGGCCAAUAUUAGAUAAUUGGUAAAAAUCGUUAUCGGUUUUUCCUCAGAUAAUGAAAACCCAAUAGCGCAAUGUCUGGGUUUGGCCCAGAUGAUGUGACCUAAAAAUGGAACUAUUUGUAUUGUGCACAGUGUUGUCAUUGUGACAGCACACCACAAUAAAAUGUGUACUCUCCCUUUAACCCAAACGGCUGCAUGUAUCGGUAUCAGUUGCUAUCGGAAUUGAAAAUUAAGUGUUUGGACAAUAUCAGUGAUCGGAUAUUGUCCAAAAGUUAAUAUCAGACAUUGCUAUUCAUAACAUUGAAUAGCAAUGUUACAAGUUCUCACUACAUUACAAGUUCUCACUAAAAUCCUAGUGGUGCACAGGAGUGACAGAGAGGAGAGAUAGAGCAUACAGCAGUAGUAAUGACAACAACACAUGUGCAUACAAUGUGUACAAUUAAACUGUUCCUGAGUGCAAAUAUAGUAUUAUUAAAUAUAACUAACAGUAAGACUGACAUGCCCAAACGCCAGCCUUACUAUUUAUAGAAAUAGGACGAACUGUUUGUAUUAAGGACACUCCCUGAACCUCUCUGAGGCACAGGGAGUGUCUAGGAUCCAGGGGAAAUGUCAGUGUCCGUCUCAGAGGCCCCCAGGUCCGAAAGUACGUCUCGGGAGUAAAAGUCUCUGACUGUUCAUGUGGCGGUUCACAUGAUGAAGUUAAAGGAGUCUGAUAACAAUAACAAUGUACAGCAAUUUUUUACUUCUACAUUUGCUGUUCCUAGUGUUCAGGCUCAUACUUGUCUUUUCUUAACUAAUUAUUUGUACUAAUUGCACUGCACCACAUGAGUACAGGGAGCUCUGUUCUAUAGUACAAAGGGCUGUAGUUGUUAGUGAUGCACUUAUUAUAUAAGAUGGUACAUGUCAGUAUCUCCACUGACAAAUAUUUGAUUUUUUGAUUCUUUUUGUUUAUAUUUUGUUUCUUGGUGUAAGCUCUUUACUGUGAACAUUUUGUUUUAUAGGCCCACAAAAAACCUCCAUUAGGACAGGGUGUUUGAGUUUAAUGUGAAUGCAAUAAAUUGACAAGUAAAAUGAAAUGUUACAUAAUGAUAAACUUGAUG